AUGGAGUUGGAGAACUUGGGAUUCGACGAGAAUCAGCCUCAGCUGGAAAAUCAUGGUUACGAGGAGUCUCACCCCCCAGCCAACACUCCAGGAGGGUUGUCAGAUGGUGGACCAAGAUCGAAUUAUUCAGAACGGGCAAACACCCCUACUACGCCAUUCAGACAGGACGAGGCCCAUGAGGAGGAGGAGGAACAAGCAGACGAUGAAACUUAUGAACAAUUUGAAGAACGUGUGGUCAACAAGCGUGCUGGACACAUGUUCCACUCCAUUAAGAGGAGGCUAAGAAACAACAACAUAUUGUUCUCAGACAUGGUUCACCAGAACAACAGAAAGCAGGUGGCACAGAAGUUCUACACGAUGUUGGUGUUGAAGAAGCUACAGGCAGUAGAACUGCAUCAAGAGGGUCCCUUCACAGAAAUGUUCAUCAGCAGAGGUGCAUUAUUUGAAAAUGCAUCCUUAUAAAUACACCCUUCAUUUGGUGAGAUGUGUGUGUGUGUGUUUACUGUACGUUUAAGGAGGACCAAAGAGGCUAUUUCACUGUGCCUAGGACAAGGGAAAGUUUCAACUGUACAUAUAUCAGCACCUGGUUGACUGCAGAAUUAGCCAAGAAAAAGGACUUUUGGACAUGGUAACAUAUCGGUUGAUAUGUGUGUGGACGUAGAUUAUACAUCAGCACUGGAACUUAGGGUUCUUGUUAGUGGGCAAGAACACACCUUACUUAGGAUUAAACUAAUCAAAAUAUUUACAGAAAUAUUAACAGAAAUGAUAUUUGUGAUUUAUGGUUAUCUAGGUUCAUGGCAGAAUUUUUAUAACAUUGGGCAGAAAUUACUCAAUUUCAAAACCUUUAGUAACACUGUUUAUAUAUAUAAAGAUACAUGUGUGCAUAUUUAGUUAUGUAUGUAUUUAUACAUAUAUAUAUACAAAGAUACUGAUUGGGAAAUGAUAGAUUUACAUAGGUGUAUGCAAAAGAAUGGUUAUUAUUACUGUUGUAAUCUUUUAUUUAUUGUAUAAUAUUUUAUAUAUGUAUUGUUGGUAUACCAAAUUGAAAUUGGAUUACCUCAUGCUGAGUCCUGGAUCCAAAUCCUGGUCGCAGUACCUUUAAGGGGUAAUAUUGCCGGGGAAUGUCUUUCAUGGGGGAAAUAUUCAAAAUUACAAAAAUGAUAUAUAAUAACUUUGUUGAAAAUGGAUGAUUAUUAAGAAAAUGAUUACAAUAACAGUAAUAAUCACACAACACUUUUUCUUGUGAAGGAAAAGUAAUGAUCAUACAAAAACAAAGUAGUAUUCAUUGUCAAAAUUUGGGUAUUUUGUUUUAAAAGUUACUCUUUUUGUUGGAGAAGCAAGUAAUGCAGAAUAUUUAGCCUUGCAUUGCUCUGCUUGAUUCCUGUAGUACAGGUCAAAGUUGACUCCUGCCUUUAAGGUAUAUUAUUUACAAGUGAAGGGCAUCAUCAGUUCUAUUGUUUUGAGAACUUUAAACUAAACUUUUUUCUUUUUUUUUUUCUGGGACAACCCAUUUUUAUAUGUAUAUAAAAACCAAUAUUAUCUUGUAUUAUCAUUGUGAUUUUUAAAACCUGUUCUGCCCAUAGCUAGAUUCAGAUUUUGUACAUGAAGGGUCUCAAAAAGGUUGGUUCACAAGAUAUGGUUAUACUUUUUUAAAGAGUAGAAGAGGUCUUAUGUUUGAGGUCGCUCCACUUGGAAGAAAAUUUGUGUGAAAGGUUUAAUUAGAUGUGAAACAGAAGUAACCAUUUCGGUCUUGUCUUGGUUUCGAAUAUUCCCAAUGUGUUAUGGUGGCAUGAACUGCCCCCUUAGUCGUGCAGCCUGGUGGUUGUAAAGCAGAUGUGCUAUUACUUAUCAUUUUACUUGCUAAAGAGUUGAAUAUACUUACCACAAUAGCAAAAAAAGACUAAUGUGUAUAUGGUUAUAUUUUAGUUCUGAUGUUACGAUGUCUUAACCAUCCCCCCACCCCCUCACAUUUUCACCUCCUCAUAUUCACUUUCACAAGAAUUGCAUUAAAUUUCCAAAUUCAGAUUUUUGUAGUCCUUGAUUAAUGAGAAUUCUAAAUGAGAUUUCAGGAAAAGAGCUAGGAAUGUUUUUUUUAUUUUUCAUUUUUAUUUUUAUGUCUGGUUUUAUUUUCUUCCUGUGGCUAUCAUUGUGUUUUGCAUAUCUUUGUUUCUGGGUCCGAUCGAGGAAGUGUGGUGCCACUGAAGUACAAAUUUUCUUUCAUGAAUGUGUAACUUUUCCUUUUUUUUCCAUUUUCUUUUUUUUUUUUUUCUUCUUUUUUCUUUAUGCAAAGUAAUGCCUGAUGUCUUGUUCAGAUUGCUUGCCAUAGAUGUCUCAUAGUUAAAUUUAUAUAUUGAGUAUUAGAGGUCUUGCAGCAUCUGACGAGCCAUUUGCCAUUACCAGACAGCAUUAUGCAAAACAGUGAUUCCACUGGGAAGGUAAACUUUACUAGAACAUUUCACAAGUGUUUGUCUGUGUGUGUAUAAAGAAUGAGAAUUUGUAUUAUUUGUAGAGAUUUUUGUAUUUUCCUUUAUAUGUAUUUGUAUGUCACAUAUGUGUAUACGUUAUUGGUGAAAGGCAUGUGAGAAAAGAAAAUUUACUGUACAAAUAUAUUAUAUGUAAUGCUUUUAACUAUAUCAGAGGAUUUUAUGAAUCAUUUGUAAAAAUUGUCUGAUAUAGUAUUUAAGCAUUAUGAAGUUGGUAGUGUGUGUGUGUGUGAGUGUGUCUGUGUGUUUGUGUGUGCAUUUGUGAUGCAAAAAUAGGGUAAGGAUCUAUGGAAAAAUGCAGUUCAUGUUGUGUUGGUAUAUUGAAUAAAGCAGUUUACAGAUAUUAUUUUCAGUGUUAUCACCAGAUUGGAUGUAGAAAGGAAGCAAAAAGAAAAAAAAGCAGAGUAUUUAUAAAAAUUUUAACAAUAAAAUGAAAAGCAAUUUGA